GCACGUCAUCCACGCUCGUGAAAAUACGGAAGAGAGGAAGGAAGAGAUUCCACGUCAUUGAGGUGCAUUUGUACGAUAGAUUAUUGAUAAUUUUCUUGUUUUUGUAAAUUUUUACGUGGUUGCACGCCAUGGUUACCUCAAUAUUUAAUUGCUAGAGGUUGACUUGGAUUCUCGUCACUUGAAGGAGCGGACUGAACGUUGGAAUUCAUCUGAAGCGCGACCGACCGCUGCGGCACCUCGAUGGGCGACUCGGGCUCACGGCGCUCCACGCUCGUCUCCAGACUGCCCAUCUUCAGGCGGAGCGCCAGCAAGAGGCAGGACUCCCUGCCGUCUUCCCCGUCCUCCGGGGGCGUGGGGAAUGGCGUCCACACCUCGUCCCCCUCCAGCACCAACUCCAGCAGCAGCAGCACGGGCAAGAGGCGGAGCCUGUUCCGCACGCCCUCCAUCAGCUUCAGCAGCAAGAGGAACAGCGCGCCGCCCCGAGUCCAGACGCCCCCGGCGGACCCGGUCCAGGGCGGUGGCGACGGUGGCCAAGACGAUCCUCCACCGGGCUCGCUUGGUGACAACGCCGCGCCGCCACGGGCCAAGACACGCCACUCAUUCGGUUUCGGGGGCCACCGGCAGAAGAAGAUCUCCCGCUCGCAGACUGGGGAUUUCGAGAAGGCGGCGUCCGCGGCCAACCGGAACGUGUUCAUCAACUGCAUCAGCUCAGGCUACAGCAACGAGGGCGACGACUCCGGGUUCAUGGACGACUACAGCGCAGGCAGCAAGCGUACGUCCAGGCAGAGGAAACCGCUGCUUCCCAAGUCCUUCUCUUCGCACCACCGUCUCUCCAAGGACCCGGAGCAGUGCCUGGCGCCGGAGGUCAGCGUGGAGCCCCCGACGUCCGGCGGCACCCCGGGCUCGUGGCCGGGAGAGCUGCUGGGGGAGAGCUCCCUGCAGUCGCCCAUCCUGUCGGACGACCGCACCGCCGCCCUCACCCCCUCCGAGUUCAACGUCCCGAUCACGGAGGACUCGGUGUCCGAGGUGGAGGCGCUGCCCAGCCCGGUCCCGGCCGCGCCCCUGGAAGACUUCCGGCACGUCGUCUCCACCUCCCAGGUGUUCUUCACUCCAGCCCAGGCGGCCACGGACAAGCCCCUACUGCCGGACACCAGCAUAACUAACACCACCGAGUGUGAGACUGCGAUCCCUCUUCCUGUCCCAGAGCCGGCAGCAGCUGCAACACCAGAAACACAAAAACAACAAUUGCAGGAAGAGAAGGACGAGGUUAAGGAUGAGGAUGAAGCGGCGACGGCGGUAGCGGUGGUGGCGGUGGUGGCGGCGGAGGGGGAGGACGCCGGACCAGACCUGACUGAAACCAGUGAGAGCGAGGCGGGUCCGGUGCGUGGUAAAGGCUACCAUUCCAAUCCGGAGCAGUCUGAGAGGAGGUCCAGGAACGCACUGCUCCUCCAGGAGCUGGGGAAAGGAGCCUACUGUGGGAGACAUGAGCCCAGGCCGUGCCGGCUGCGGAAACCCCACACAGGCUACUUUGUAUUGGUGAUAACACUGUCCAUGUGCAGCAGCAGCGCCAGUCCGUACCACGAGGUGAUGCGCAUGGAGCGCCGGCUACGCUCGUCCUCGGAGGGGGCGGGUGGGCCGAGGGGACUCCACCUCAACCUGAAAGAGCCCCAUUGCCCCACGGACGGUAACCCGCUGAUCAAAAAGAGGAACAACUCGUCGUCUUCCAAGCUGGGAAGCCUGGAUGUGCUGAACAACCUGGGCUCGUCUGAACUGGAUGAGGACGACCUGAUGCUGGACCUGGAUCUCUCCGAUGACCAACGCCAACGCCACCUAUCUAGAGAAGACUCCAGCCAGUCAUUGGCCUCCUGUCUGAACCUUCUCCACUCCCCCAUGGAGGCAUCCAUAGAUGGGAUUCCUGGCAGGGAGCCCAGAGACACCACCACCCACAGGGAGCUGUGUCGGCCCACCACCCUGCUGCCUGCCGACUGGUGCCUGGGACGGGAUGACGAGGCCCCGGGCCUGGAGGCGCUGCCCCUCAGGCUGAUGCAGCAAGACUGCACCUCCAUGAAGACCCUGCUGCUACGCCUCCGGAGGACCCUGCAGGAGAGCACUGACACAAGUCCGGCCAGCAGCCUACAUUCUCUACCCAUCAGCCCUUGCAGUGAGAAGUCACUACCCUUUAAGGAGCCAUGGAGGGAAGAGGCUCUUGUUCUGCAGCUGAGGGAGAAAGACGAGCUGAUCCUCCGACUGCAGGCUGAACUGGAGAGUGCCAAAGCUACCCUGAAGUCCACCUGCCAAAAAGCUGAUAGAACAACGCAGACAGACUCUGCUGGACCAGAGGGCAGAGUGUGCCGGAGCUCAGCCGCAUCUUCACGCAGGCCUCUAACAUCAUAUGAUGUGACGAAGGCGACCUACAGGUCAACCAUCCAAGCCGAGCAACAAGCCAAAACAAUAUCAGCACAAGGGACAGAAGGGCGGCCCGGUCUCUCACCGCGGACCAAUAUAGCCACUCCGCUGCCAGCAAGGAGCGCCACUGCCCAGCCCCAACCCCGGUGUCGGCCCCCGUCCUGGUCUCCGGUGGCUCAGGGGGCGGACGGGACCCUACGGGAGCCCCCAGGAGACCGGAGGGGUCUCUGUCCUCAUCGUUGGAGACGUGGGCUGUCAGAAGGGGUGACCACCCGGCCAGCCAGAUUCCCCGGGGUGGGGGCAGUACCUCCGUCCUCCAGAGCCGAGGUAGCCCCUGCUACAGCAGCCUGUCCUCAGACAGCGAGAGGGCCCCUGUGCCCAGCCCACGGCAGCCUCAUUCUUCCUCCUCCUCCUCGUUCACGGGUCGCCUGGGCCAGCCACCCAGAGGGCCGCUUUCCCUGCACAUGUACAGCCGCAAAAACGUCUUCCUGCAGCACUCUCUCCACACAGCCGAGCUGCAGGCUCUGGCCCACCACGACGGCUGAGGACGAGACCCCCCCCAGACCACGUUCUCAUCGCCCACCUGCGAGUGGCCGCCGCCCGGGAGCUCCGCCUCCCCGCUCAGGACCUCCUGCAACGGACACCUCAGCCGUUCUCUGUCUAGAUCAAACCAUUCGCUGCUCUUCUUGUACCGUUGCUCUUGUCGUCCCGCGUCUCGCUGUCAUUCAGUGGGGUCGUGACCCUGAAUGUGGUCCUGUGCAUUUGAGCGUCUUGACGUUUGGCCAGAUUGGAAGGUUGAUAGAUGUGCUCACACACACCAGUCCGUCAGCCUGCCAGCGUUUACAGGACAUUUGUCCGUCUAUCACCUUUGGCCGGUGCUGAAUGAUGAGCGUUGGCUGAAAGCUGCUUAUGCGCACGCGCGCACACACACACACACUUAUUAGACCCCUUUCCCGGAGACAUGGAGAGUGCUUCCCCCGUCUGCCUCAACACCAGCCGAGAUAGGGAACCUCCGUAAGCGUUGUAGCUACAAUGCCUUGUGGGUGGGCUCGUAUGACUGACGCGAACAACCCAGGCUGCUCACAGCACCACAGAAUGUGACUGAUGCGAGUGCAUCCUUCUCAUGUUUGCCAAAUUCUGUAAAAUGAUUCCAGACUCUGAGUUCUGCCACACAGAAAGUUUCAUUCAUUAACCCUUUAAUAUCUGCAUGCUUUAAGAUUAUAAACACCUAUUUAACAAGGGGGGGGGGGGGCUUUUGUACAGUGAAGUGUGUGGCUCAAAAUAACUUUUACAGCCUUUUAAUAGGACUGUCUCUCUACACUUGACCGUUAUCCUUUUUUUUAUAUAUAAAUAAGUGGAUGCUGGAAACUGGGAGGGUUCAUCAUGGACUGUCUUGAAGCGUCUCAAAUUGGGAUUUCUGAUCCAGGCCUUUUCUAUCAGUAAGGCGAUAUUUAUAUAGUCAACCUGGUCCUAGGUCAGUUUUUCUGUGAUGCUGAGUGAACACAGCCUGUUGUCUUUAUGUCUUGGAUGAGAGUAGCACACUGUCUAUGAACUGUCACCUAUUGAAAAAAAAGUGGAUGAUAUUUAGGUCUCAUCUUUUCAUUACAAAACAAUAUCAUUUACAGGACACGGUGAUAACCGGGAAUGCUGGGAAUCUAUGACCUUUGAAAUGCGUUUACAGAAAUACUGUUGUUACGAUACGUUUGGAUACAUGAGGAAACUGCCACAGUGCUGAACUCAUCACUGAAGAGGCAUAGGAGUAAAAACAUCUGUCUGCCCGUCUCUGUCUGCCCGUCUCUGUCUGCCCGUCUCUGUCUGCCCGUCUCUGUCUGCCCGUCUCUGUCUGCCCGUCUCUGUCUGCCCGUCUCUGUCUGCCCGUCUCUGUCUGCCCGUCUCUGUCUGCCCGUCUCUGUCUGCCCGUCUCUGUCUGCCCGUCUCUGUGAUCCCAUUUAAUUCCACAGCACUCCCCAGUGUAUUGUAGUUGAAGCAGAAUCCAAGACUCAUAGAAGUGAAGGAAACCCUGCAGAUACGCAAAUGUAGCCCUUCCCCAUUCCAACCGACUCCCCCCGGUCCCCCCGGUCCACCCCCAGUCCCCCUCUCUCUUUCUCCCUCACUUCUUCCUCUUUCUCUGUCCCUCUUUCUUCUCUCUCUCUGUCUCAGUUUUUGUCUCUCUCUUUCUCUCUGCCUACUUCCACAAGCCCUGCAUUGUCACACCCAGCUAGAGAGGAGGCUAGAGAGGGCGACAGGGAGGGGAGGCUGGGAGGAGGGGAGGCUGGGAGGAGGGGAGGCUGGGAGGAGGGAGUUACCAGCAGGGUUGUCUGUAUCACAUGACGACGGUGAGGGUCUAGUGGAAGCAGACAGCUGCACUUGUUCUGCCAAACAGUCAUUACACCAGCCUUUAUACGCACGCCCGGAUUCUGCUUUCUUUCAAACUGACUGGAAUCAUUCCUAAGAAAAAUGUUUGCAUAGUUAAAGUGGAUUGGUACCUUUUUUGGUUCCAAUCAGCAGCUUAAUUAUUUGAUUUUUGGAGUGGCACAUACUGCUCUUGUGGGGGAGGGAUGGGACCGUAGGAACAUGGGAACAUAGAGGAACUCAUGGUAGAUGAGCAUAAUUAUGUGGACAAUGUGUUUGAGUUCUCCUGAACAAAUCAUGUAUAUGUACCGAACUGAAGAACAAGGAUCUGUUUUCUUGUGAGGAACGACACAAGUUUCAGUGACCACACAGUCCAAGACACUUUCUCUACUUUGACUCACUUAUUUAUGUCUGCCUUAUUUAUUUGAUGUUUUAUUAAAUCGGAGCACAAUUACUUAUUUAAAAAAACAUGUAUGAACAAUGUGACUAACUUUCAGUUGUGAUAUGAUGAUAUAUUCUGUAUAUUGUACAUAGGUAAACCCUGUUAAUAUCAAUGUGGAUUCAAGGUUAUUUUUUAAAAUGUACAGGGAUCACAAUGUAGAGAAAUUAGAGAUUAAACACAAGCAAUGUCAAGUGUUCCAGGAAGAAGCAAAACAAAGUUUUAACUGCAUUUUCACCUUCUGUAUUAUU